GGCACGGCGGCCGACUCCAUGCCCCGCUCCGGGCACUGGCGGGGUCGGCACAGCACCAGCCGCGGGGCCGCGGAGCCCCUCGCCCGCCCCUAACAUGCGGCCGGGGCGCCUGCUGGCGGCGCCACGCGUGAACCAUGCCCGGCGUGGGGGAAGACGACGACGGGGCGCAGCAGCCGGGGGCGGGGGAGCUGCCCACGCUCACCCCCGCGGGGGGACCCCCUCGGGAAGAGCAGCGCCCUCUCAAGCAGUCGCUGAGCAGCUCCCUGUGCCGUGAGUCUCACUGGAAGUGCCUCGUGCUCACCCUGCUGAUGUUCGGCUGCUUCGGGGUGAUGGGAUGGUGCCGCCUGUCGACGGUGACCCGCCUGAGCUAUGACGGCUCCUACCAGGGCGCCUCCAUGAUCUACCACGACAGCCCGUGCUCCAAUGGCUACAUCUACAUCCCGCUGGCGUUCCUCGGGAUGCUCUACGUAGUCUACCUGGUGGAAUGCUGGCACCGCUUCGCCAAGGGGCAGAUGCAGCACCGGGUGGACACGGCCAGCGUCUACGAGAAGGUGCAGCGCAUGCAACAGGCCACGCCCUGCAUCUGGUGGAAGGCCAUCAGCUACCACUACAUCCGCCGCACCCGGCAGGUCACCCGCUACCGCAACGGCGACGCCUACACCACCACCCAGGUCUACCACGAGCGGGUCAACACCCACGUGGCCGAGACGGAGUUCGACUACUCAGGACACGGGGUGAAGGACGUCUCCAAGGAGCUGCUGGGCCUCUCGGAUUACCCCGUCACCAAGCUGCGCUUCACCAAGUGCUUCAGCUUCGCCACCGGGGAGGCCGAGGCGGCCUACCUGACCCAGCGGGCCCGCUUCUUCGGCGAGAACGAGGGCUUGGAUGACUACAUGGAGGCCCGCGAGGGGAUGCACCUCAAGAAUGUGGACUUCAAGGAGCACAUGCUGGUGUUCCCUGACCCCGGGCGCCCGCCCUGGUACACCCGCCGAUGGGUCUUCUGGCUGGCCUCGUUCCUCCUGCUCUCCUGGCCGCUGCGCGUGCUGGCCGAAUACCGCACAGCCAACGUCCACUACCACGUGGAGAAACUCUUUGGGGCGGAUGACGGUCCCAGCCCCCUGGACGCCGCGGGGGGCUACGGGCGCCGCAUCUCUCGCGUCAACACGGUCGACAUGACCGAGCUGGAGUGGCACAUCCGGUCCAACCAGCAGCUGGUGCCCAGCUACUCGGAGGCGGUCUUGAUGGACUCCACCGUGGUGGCCGGCGCCGCCUACCUCCGCAGCUGCCAGCGGUGCCGCCGGACUGUCAGCAGCAACUCGCUGCCCUCCCGGGGCACCCGGGCCCUCUACGCCCGCCUCCCGUUCAGCUGCAGCCGCUUCUCGCUGGGGGGCGCGCGGAGGUGUGGCGGCAUCCUCCGCAGCCUGAGCGGGAGCCACGUGGGCAGCAGCAGCAUCGAGACGGAGCCCUUGGAGAGCCCGCCCUGCUACCAGGACGCUUUGUAUUUCCCAGUGCUCAUUGUGCAUGGCGGGGAGGGCUGCCACCGGAACGGGCCCCGGCCGGGCCCUGCAGGGAGGGCGUUAGGGACCCCGCUGUGAUCCCAGGGAAGAGAGGGUGGCGGAAGCGAAGCCCCACAAGGAAAGCAACCUGCAAGCCCCCGGCCUCAUUCCCAU